AAAAGAUGCAGAUGUCUUUUGUGUUAUAUCUGAUUUUGACAAUCCAAACUAUUUCGAUGUUGCUGGCAUGGAAAACGAAACACAGUUUGAUACGAUGUAUCUUUUAAUUAAAUUCGCUAAUCAUUUAUCGUGGACUAAGGAUGAUAAAGCGGAUGGUGAUAAAGAUAAAAUGAAACCGAUUUUUCUCGCCGAUGGUUUGUUGGCUAUGGAUAUUCUUUUCUCUUUAUCCAAAAAUUUACCUAAGGACGGCUUUUUCUGUCCCUCACCCAUUGAAGCUAUUUCGAAAUCUGUACUGGGAGAUCAUUUAAACGUGCGAUUUAAUCAAAUAAAUGAGGUGCGAGUCUGGGCUGCGAAUGAUAGAGUGUUUCACGUCGAGGUGGAAAAACCUAUUAUAAUAACCGACUCCGUUGGUGACGGAUCGAAUACGCUGUGCGAUCAGAAGAUAAUAAGCAAAGAGACUCUGCAAACAUUGAAAUUGGACUAUACUCAAUUCAAUUCUACGUGGAUGAGGAAAGAAUUUAUUGAAAAGGUGGCGUCAUAUGCCGCACGGAAUCCUUACGGAUGUAUUUAUAAGGCAGCUGAAUUCGCCAAAAGUUUGAAACAAAUCUGGAAAGCACGUACCGGCGGGACUAAAGUUUGCAGCAACAUGGGCGUCAUUAGUGACGGCUCGAUUGGCACUGCCAAAGGAUAUCCGUAUGUACUGCCAUUGAUAUUUAGUGGUAAUACUUGGGCGGUUAAUAAAUGCUACGAAGAUAACUCGUAUUUAAAACAAGAAAUGAAAAGAAUUAAUAAAGCCGUAGAAGAGGAACAUAAAAAGCUUAUUCCAUAUUGUAAGAAGUUUCUGGAAGAGAAUGUAAUUAAUUUAGGUUUCGUUUCGGGCGACAAUGUUACUAGCAGCUACUGUGAAGAAAACAGCUCCCACUGUUUAUUGCAGAGGACGUCGAGAACAUAAUAUUUGUGUUGUUGUUCAAUAUUUCUCCGAUAUUUAUUUGUAGAAGUUAUUAAUAUUAUUCAAUAAAUAUUGCUCUAUGGUCGUACAAGA